GUAGUUGCUUUUGCCUCGCUUUUCUUCAUCCUGGUCUCCAUCACAACCUUCUGCCUGGACCCCUUGCAGUACGUGGCCUUCGCCUCCCUCUUCUUCAUCCUCAUCUCCAUCACCACCUUCUGCCUGGAGACGCACGAGGCCUUCAACCGCGUCAUCAACCGCACCGAGCCGGCGCCGCCGGACAACUUCAACAUCGACGUCAAUGUGACGGAGACGCUCGUGAUUGGCAACACCACGACAAUCCUACUGACGCAUAAAGUGGAGACGGAGCCCAUCCUCACCUACAUCGAAGGCGUCUGCGUCCUCUGGUUCACCCUCGAGUUCCUGGUUCGCAUCAUCUGCUGCCCAGAUAAGCUUCUCUUCGUUAAAAACCUGCUCAACAUCAUUGACUUUGUGGCCAUCUUGCCCUUCUACCUGGAGGUAGGUCUCAGUGGCCUGUCCUCCAAAGCUGCCCGGGACGUACUGGGCUUCCUACGGGUGGUCCGUUUCGUCCGGAUCCUCCGGAUCUUCAAGCUGACACGGCACUUUGUGGGUCUCCGGGUGCUGGGCCACACACUCCGGGCCAGCACCAACGAAUUCCUGCUCCUCAUCAUCUUCCUCGCCUUGGGGGUCUUGAUUUUCGCCACUAUGAUCUAUUACGCCGAGCGGAUCGGAGCCAAGACGUCUGACCCCCGCGGGAGCGACCACACUCACUUUAAGAACAUCCCCAUUGGGUUCUGGUGGGCUGUGGUCACCAUGACGACCCUGGGCUAUGGCGACAUGUACCCCAAGACCUGGUCGGGCAUGGUGGUGGGGGCUCUCUGCGCGUUGGCCGGGGUGCUCACCAUCGCCAUGCCCGUGCCCGUCAUUGUCAAUAACUUUGGGAUGUACUAUUCGUUGGCCAUGGCCAAGCAGAAGCUGCCAAAGAAGAAGAAAAAGCAUAUACCCCGUCCGGCCCCGCUGGACUCCCCUACCUACUGCAAAUCCGAGGAAAACUCCCCCCGUAACAGCACCCAGAGCGACACUUGCCCGUUGGCAGUAGAGGAGGGGGCGGCUGAGCGGAAACGGUCAGACUCUAAGCAGAACGGUGAGGCCAACGUGGUGCUGCCGGAUGAGGAGCAGCCGCUGUCGCCAACCGAUGAGGAGAAGCGGCCCAUGCGGCGCUCCAGCACCCGGGAUAAGAACAAGAAAUCCUCCACGUGCUUCCUGCUGGCCACAGGUGACUUCUCCUGCGCAGCAGAUGGAGGCAUCCAGAAAGGCUAUGGAAAAUCCCGAAGCUUAAGCAGCAUAGAUGGUGUGGCAGGAUCCACGGUGGGCUUGGCUCCCCUCGCGUCCCGCUGCAGCUCUCCCUGCCCUCUGCGACAGCCCUGCUCUCCCGUCCCUUCCGUCCUCUAA